ACCAGGGCUCAAACUUUGAUGAUGCUCUUGUUCGGAAUCUAAGAGUUAUACAAAGUGCGGGGAAUCCGGGGAAUACAAGUGCUCAAAAUGCGGUUGGUGUUACAUUUGAUGGUGCUUUGUUGGAUAUCACUUUGCCAAGCCACCGCAAACAACUGUAGAGGAGCUCACUGCAAGGAAACUGGUGAUCCAAGACCGUGCAUCGGCGCGCACUGUCCAGGUAGCAGAGUAUCCAGACCUCCGCGCCAGUUCAACCCAGUUACGCAAGGCAAAGUGAGCAGCAGCAGCCAGUACAACGCGUAUCCAGGCUCGGCAUCCACACCGCGCCAGAGCAGCAUCAGCGGUGGGGUAAGAGAUGGGAGCUUGGCGGGAUGCACAGAUGCUGAGUGCGCAGUGCUCGCCAAACACGUUCACGCAUCUUCCAACGACACGCGGGAAUGUCGAGGAAUCGAGUGCAGAUUACCGCUUAGGAUCCGACCACGGACGAGAGCGCUGGUGUGCGUGGGAGAGGGGUGCGUGAGCGGCGGAGCACCGGAGGAUAGAGACCACAGCCGUCCCGUUCAUGUGUCCGACAGAGCUGCACAGUUCUUGGGGGAUUUCCCGGAGUUUGGAUAUCCGUCUCCAGAACUUGGCGGCGCGCCUUUGGGCGUCCAGCUCACGUGUGAUAUCAAGCCAGGGGAGAAUGAAGUCCCAUCUGAAGACGCGCUCAUCCUUCACCUGCAGCUGUCUAAAGGACAGGAGACCCUGGUGGAGGCUCUGCGGGCGCAGCAGGCCGUGGUGAGGGACCUGCAGCAGAAGUUAGUGGAACAGCAGGAGGCGCUGUUGUCCCAGCAGAGGGACAUCCUGGAGCAGCAGCGCCGCAUGUACCAGCAGAUGGAUGCAGUCAAGGCCCAGUACGAGAUGCUGUCGGACACGGUCAAGCAGGUGUCCUUCCAGGGCCUGCAGGGGGAGCUGCAGAGCUACCUGGAAAGCCAGCUGUCUGGGCUGCAGAGCCAGGCCCGCAGCCACCUGCACAAGUCCUACGCUGUGCACAAGAUGGACCUGGACUCUAAAGGCAUGGACGUGAUGGGAGAGGCCCACUUUCCUCAGCCUCUGCUGGGCUGCCCUUCUCCCUGUGGGCCGGAGCAGUUCUGUGACUUCCAGAGGGACCCUCCUCAGUGUGAGAGCUGCACCAUGUGUCCCCCAGGCUUCUUCCUCAUCUCCCAGUGCUCGCCCACCGCCGACCGCAUGUGUCAGGACAGAGAUGAAUGUCUGGAAGUACCCAACAUCUGUGGAGAAAGAGUGAAGUGCCUCAACACACCAGGGGGCUUCAGAUGUCUGGGCGUCUCAGAACAUGAGGCUGUGAUGGGCUUGUGUGGUCACGAAUACUUCUACAACCAGGAGCUGCAGGAGUGCCAGGCCUGCUCAGACUGCAUGGGAGAGUCCAUCUCUGUUCCAUGUACAGCUAUGAGUGACGCCGUGUGUGGCCAGUUUGCAGAGAGCCAACUAUCCCAAUCCUGGGCCGCUACUGUGACCAUGCCCUCGGCUCGGAAUUCUGAAGCUAAGAUCUUCCCCGGACUCCAGAUGUAUAUUCGUAGCAAAGACAGAAGUAAUCUUUUGUCCGCUGAAGCAGGUAGGGUGAUCUUCCAGCAGCAUGGCCUUGUGUGGAUGGACCACAACUUUGCCAUCAAGCACACCUGCAGGAACUUCUUGCAAUUAGGAAUGAGACUCAAUGGAAGCCAAGAAGAAGAAGGACAAGAUCUUAGCGGAGUUCGGAUUGAGCAACCAGAUGGCAAAUACUUCCAAGGGGUUAGUGUUAGUAGCGUAACGGAAGUGGAACCCAAUCAUACCUUUGCAAUACUUUUAAAGAGUCCAAACAACCACUGCAACCAAAGCAAAGACAUCCAUGUGUAUGAUAUUUCACCCCCGACAUUUAGCUUUUUCUGGUUAUCCCAUGACACCGGCGCAGUUGCUAUCUCCGCUCAAAUGUCACUACUAACGCAAUACCAAACAAGCUAUCGACCAACUUUCCGCGUUACCUCAGUUUCUGAUCCAUACAUGAUUAGCUUGACCCAUGACAAUCGCGGGAUACGUUUCACGGAAAGCGGCGUCGUCAAGUUUGUACUCCAGCAAGCGCUAUACUCCAUGGGCCAUACUUGCGUGAAAGAGGGUUUUUCCUUGAUUGCCUUCACGAAUCACAAUGGAACAGGCAAGGAAAUUAUGCAAGCGUUCAAAACUGGGGUCAACUAUAGAGACACGUCCAUCACGCUCUCCGGUGCUGCAGUUGUUGAUAGUGGCGAUACCCUGAGCUUCGAAAUCACAUCCCCGUCACAGUGUAACAUUCGCUAUUUUGGAGAUGGUACCGGGAUCAGUAUCUUGAGUCUAAUUUGGAUUCCGUCUGCGGUAUCUACAGCAUUGAGCGCUACCGUAGUGAAAACUGGACUUCCAUCCGGAGCAGUCAGGAAUAAACCUCUGCUUUUCCAUCAAACAAGCUCGGAUGUGCCACAAGUUCAUUUGGCACGUUCUGGAGAGCCCAACAGCCGAAAGAACUUUGUCUUCCACCAAAAAGGUACAGCGAAUGUAGCAUUGAAUCUAAAGUUAAUCCACUCUUGUAAUGUUGUGAAGUUGACAUUGCAAAGAGUAGGCGGUCCAGAUCAGGGUAGUCCGGGUCCUGUGGCGCAGCAGGUGUCCGGUCAUAUGCCUGAAGGGAGCGAGUGGGCCAGCAUUGGACUCAGGACCUCGUUUCAAGUUCAAAACGGGACAGCUAUCUAUGCGACUUUGGACUGUAUACGAGGGAGAGUCAAUCACAUCACUCAUGAAGGUGGUACAAAUAUUUCAAUCUUGUGGGUGGCAGUUUGAGAACAGUGGGGAAUUAAAGACGAUUUUGCACAUGACCAAACAGUUAAUGGACGCCAGCUGGUGCCUUACUCUUCUCAGUUUUCAAUGUUAGUUUUUAUAUUUUUUAACUUAUAAAAUACAUUCCCAGAUAAUGAUAAGUACUGCUUUUGCUGUGAGUACUUCGGCUGGUUGAACAGUGACCAAUGUGUUUGAAUGUGGUUGUGUGCGUUGUAUGUUAUAACUAAUAUGCAUGAGUGAAGGACCAUGCAGGCAUGUCAUCUUAUGCAUGUUAUUUUUCUGUACUGUUAAGCCUUUGUAAACUACUAUGUAACAGAUCUUAUUUUGCAUUAAUCAGGAAUUUACAUAGUGAUGUUUUUGUAUUUAUUUUCCAUUUUCUAAAGAUGUAUUGUAUUAUAUUAAUGCAUAUACUUGCCAGUAUACAGUGUAAAUUCUAUACAGAUUUGUUUGUUGAUUUUUAUACAUAAAGACUGCACAAGUACAGAUUAUAAACAUGUUGAAAAGUGCAAUGAGAUUUUCAAGUAUGUAUAACCUGAAGUG